CACUUCCUAUAUUGUCACGUUCUGUUUGAGCACGAGGAUCUGUUCGGAGCAGAAUGACAGGAGAGCUGCGGGACGACGAGACGGAGGAGGAGUAUCUGCAUUCGUUCAUCCGGAAACAAGGGAACAUUUACAAACCGAACAACAAGGACAUGGAAAACGAGAGUCUGAACGAGAAGGCGAUGGAGGACGUCCACACCAAGGAGAUCGACCUGGUCAACAGGGAUCCGAAGCGCAUUAACGACGACGUGGUCAAGGUGAGUCAGAGCUGGGUGGCUUUWAAAAAAAAAAAAAAUUGGCAACUUUUCUAAGUGACGUCGCUGCAG